AUGAGGAGCUCUUUUCAGGUAGCAACGCAGCGGACAGUGGCGCUCGCUCGCUUCGCCUCCACGUCCUUAAAGCAACCGGGUCGUGUGGUGGUCAUCACAUCAGGUAAAGGCGGCGUCGGCAAGACCACGGUCACGGCGUCCAUGGGAUAUGGUCUAGCUCAGCGUGGUUUUCGGACGUGUCUUAUUGAUUUUGACAUUGGGUUACGCAAUUUAGACUUGCAUUUGGGCUGUGAACGACGUGUGAUUUUCGAUUUUAUCCAUGUGAUUGAAAAAAACUGUCGUUUAAAUCAAGCGUUAAUUAAAGACAAGAGACUGGAACGACUUUCAUUAUUGGCAGCUAGUCAAACUCGAGACAAGGAGGCACUGACGGAGGAAGGAGUUGAGAAAGUUUUGGACGAACUCAAGGUCCAAUUUGACUUUAUUCUGUGUGAUUCACCAGCUGGUAUCGAGUCAGGGGCACGUCAUGCCAUGUAUUUUGCUGAUGAUGCUAUUCUCGUGACUAAUCCAGAGAUCUCGAGCUGUCGUGACUCGGACAAAAUGAUUGGCUUUAUUGCGAGCAAGUCACUGCGAGCCAAAGAAGACCGUGAACCUGUGAACCAGCGGCUGCUCGUUAAUCGCUACGACGCGAAUCGUGUCAAGAACGACGACUGUUUAUCAGUGGACGACAUUGAAGAGAUGUUGGGACUGCCAGUGUGUGGUGUCAUCCCUGAAAGUGCACACGUGCUUACGUCUUCUAAUAUGGGCCAGCCUGUGAUUACUGCCGAGGGAGAAAAUGCUGCACUUGCGUUUAAAGACGCAGUGGCACGUUUCUUGGGCGAGGAACGUGACAUGAAAUUCCUACAGCCUGAAGCACCUAAAGGACUGUUCAGUCGAUUAUUCUCCUAG